CUCCCUGCGGCCGCAGCAGGCUCCGGCUGAUCGGCGGGGACGAGGGAGAGCCGCGGGCCGGGGCAGGGCUUUGCCGGCGCCCCCCGGCGCUGCAGGGCCCGGCGUUUGCCAUCUCCGAGGAGCCACAAGCGGCCGGUGCUCGGAGGAGAUGCCUACGUAACACACGUUGCCAGCAAUUGUACUAAAUACUUUGCUGCUGAACCAGUUGCUCAGGUACCCAGCCUGUCUCUGUUGCUAUGGGAGAUUGGAAGGCUAUAACUGUGCCAUUGCUGUCAUCAGAUAGCAAAAAUAUAUUUCCAUAUACCUCAGAAAGAAAGAGAUCUCCUACAAGCAUGAACUCUCAAGUGCUACGCUUGUCACUGCCUUCACCCAAAAACAUGUACAGCUUUUUUGGUGCCUUCUGCACAGAAGAGAAUCUUGAACAGAGUAUAUCCUAUAUUGAUAGGGAAUUAACAACAAUGGGCUUUCCUUCUAUUUAUGCGGAGUCCAAAGGAAAAGAAUUAAAUUUAGUAUCUAUCAUAAAUUGUAUGAAUGAAUUGCUUGUACUGCAGCACAAGAACCUUCGAGCUCAGGAAGAAGUAGAAAUGCAGCAUCUGAAGCUGGGAAGUGAUAUGGAUCACUUACAGAACUGCUAUGCUAAGUUAAAGGAACAGUUGGAAUUAUCUAAAAGGGAAAUAGUUGGGCUUCAGGAAAGAGACAGACAACUGCAAAGCAAGAACAGAAAUUUGCACCAGUUACUUAAAAAUGAAAAGGAUGAAGUUCAGAAGUUACAGAACAUAAUCUCAAGUAGAGCUACACAAUACAAUCAUGAUAUGAAGAGGAAAGAGAGAGAAUAUAACAAAUUAAAGGAACGCUUACAUCAGUUAGUCAUGAAUAAAAAAGACAAAAAGUUAGCUAUGGAAGUUCUAAAUUAUGUUGGUAGAGCUGAUGGGAAGAGAGGUGCAUGGAGGACUGAUAAGACAGAAGCCAGAAAUGAAGAAGAAAUGUACAAAGUUCUGUUAAGUGAUUAUGAACAACGCCAAAAGCAGCUUUUACUGGAAAAUGCUGAGCUAAAGAAAAUUCUUCAGCAAAUGAAGAAAGAUAUUGUUUCACUUCUUCCACCACAGAAACAAAAACCUAAAGAAAGAUCUGAAGAUGGGCUGGUGCUGUCAGACCAGGAGGAAGAUAUUGGAGAAUUGAAUAAAGAGAAUAUGUGGGAAUUAUCUUGUGAAACUGUGCGAGAACAGCUUACCAACAGCAUUAGAAAACAGUGGCGAAUGUUGAAAAACCACGUUGAAAAGCUGGAUAACCAAGUGUCACGUGGACAUUCAGGAGCUUGGAAUGAAAAAGAUGUGAUUUCAAGAGAAGCCCAUGAACUAGAAACUGAAAAGCUAGAGUUAGAGAUUCAGCAAUGUAAAGAAAUGAUCAAAACUCAGCAACAGCUCUUACAGCAACAGCUUACAUGUGAUGAUGACACCACUCUGUUACUACAAGACUGCUAUUUGUUGGAAGAAAGAGAGCGUCUUCAGGAAGAAUGGAGACUGUUUCGAGAACAAAAAAAGAAUUUUGAAAAGGAACGAAAAAGUUUUACAGAAGCUGCUAUUAGAUUAGGACUCGAGAGAAAGGCAUUUGAGGAAGAUAGAGGAGCAUGGCUGAAGCACCAGUUCUUAAGUAUGACUGCUGAUUGCAAGCCUGAAAAUGUGACUACAAGUGCCUUCUUAAGAAGUUCUGACCCAGACAUUCGUUUAGUGAAAUCUGCAUCUCGGCAAAGAAAACCGCCCUUUGUGUUGAGUCCUGCUGUUUCACCAGAACCUUGCCAGAUAUCUCAGUAUAUUACACACAACAGUGUUGCAUCAGAAAAACCUGCUGCAGAUAACAUGCCAAAUCUGUGGGUGGAAAGUGAUGACAAAGAAGGAACUGAAGAAUGCACAAAGUUAUGGGAAGACUCUGGAGUUGGCACUCUAUGUAGAAAUUUGCACAUGGAACAGCUGCCUUAGACUUCUAGGGUUGCCUGCUUGGUUUUUUGUUAGAGACUUGUUCAUAAACCUAUCAUUCUAAAUGAAACAGAAUGCUGUGAGUUUGAUCAUUCUUCUGGAGGAUUAUGUGGUGGUCUGAAUUGUGGUGUGUUUCUAUGUGUGUGCACAUGGCUUUUAUUUUUUAGACCAUUUUUUGCCUCUUUCUUCCAACUCUUGAGAGAAGAUUUAAAAAUAUAUAAAAGCUUUGAUAUUUUUCUAGUAACAGAAGCUCUAAUUCUGUGAAUAAAGCAAUGGUCUGAAACUUUGACUGUAAUGAAAUACUGGAUCCUAAUGUUACCUUUCAUCACAGGCAGAGAUAGCACUUUUAGAAAUUGUUUGAUUAUUGGAAAUAUUCAUUUAUGUCUCAAAUGUAACUGGCAUUAAAUCCUCUUUUGCCUCGACUUGAAUGUACAGUAUACUGUAGAUUUUUAACAGAACAGGUUCUAUAUUUAUUGUGUGAUUUGAAAAUACCUCUUUGAUAUCUCAAUGAUUUAAAGUGCAAAAUCUUUAUAUAUUUGUAAAUAGAACAAGUGGUUAUGCUGAGAAACCAUGAAAUGAAACACAUGCAUACAUAAAUGUUAUUUUACAUGGCAUUUUAAAUUGUUUUAUAGUGAUACUCAGUUUACAGAUCCAUUAGGACUUUAAAAGGUUCAGUGAGGAACCAAAGUAUUUCAAAUGUGAACAAUAAACGUGUAAUUCUAUUC